AUGGCAACCACUCACAGCCACGACACGAGGCCGGAUUGGGCAAAUCUCGAGGUAUUGCACCGAAACACUUUGGACCCUCGUUCUCACUUCUAUCUCUACGACACCGAGCACGAUGCUGUCUCCCGCCAUGUCUCGAAGGCCAAGGCGCUAUGCUUAUCGGGUUCAUGGAAAUUUCACUGGUCGAACUCGCCUCUGGAAGCGCCAGUGGGAUUCGAGACCACGGCAUUUGACAGCACGAGCUGGAACAACGUCCACGUUCCGGGCAUGUGGCAAUUGCAAGGCUUCGGUCGUGGACCCCAUUAUACAAACGUGAACUUUCCCUUCAACGCAUCUCCUCCCUUGCCACCUGUCACCGAUAACGAGUGUGGUUCUUAUCUCACCCGCUUCAAAGUCCCGCCACAUCUCAGAGACCAUCAGCUGCGGCUUCGAUUUGAAGGCGUCGACUCAGGCUUUCAUGUCUGGAUCAAUGGGAAGGAAGUGGGCUACAGUCAAGGUGCAAGAAACCCGUCCGAAUUCGACGUGACCGCUUUCGUACAGCCGGACCAGGAGAACAGCCUUGCAGUACGUGUGUACCAGUUCACCGAUGGGAGCUACAUCGAGGAUCAAGACCAAUGGUGGCUAAGUGGCAUCUUUCGCGAUGUUUUCCUCCUGGCCUUUCCGAAGCAGACGCGCCUCGAAGAUUUGGAUAUCCGGACGGUGCUUGACAAGGAUUACCGUGAUGCUGUUCUCGAGGUCGAUGCGAUUGUGACUGGAUCAGGGGAUAUCUCCCUCAAGCUUCUGGAUGCGCAUGGCAGCGAAGUCGGUACUGCUUCAGAGUCGAAGACUGAGCCGGCCACCGCUACAGUCCCAGCAACCAUCCAUGUUCAAAAUCCAAAUAAAUGGACUGCAGAGACACCGUACUUGUAUACACUUGUCGUCUCGCUCGAAGGUCAGCAUACUGCCCACCGAGUGGGCUUUCGACAGGUCGAGCUCAAGGACGGUCUCAUCAAUGUCAACGGACAGAGGGUAGUUUUCAAGGGCGCAAAUCGCCACGAGCACCAUCCACUGCACGGUCGCGCCGUCCCGUAUGACUUCAUGAAACAAGAUUUGAUCCUCAUGAAAACACAUAACUUGAACGCGAUCAGAACUUGUCACCAACCCAGUGAUCCCCGACUAUGCGACUUGGCGGACGAGCUGGGUCUGUGGGUCAUGGACGAAGCCGACCUGGAGUGCCACGGCUUCGAGACGAUUGCUGAUGCAGCAUUGCCGCCUGAGCAGCAGGCUUUGCCGUUCUUUGAAAGGCAGAAGCACACAAGACAUGCGGCUGCGAAGUGGACGUCAGACAAUCCAGAGUGGCGAGAAGCAUACUUAGACCGUGCCAAGCAAUUAGUGCAUCGCGACAAGUUGCACCCUUCUGUGAUCAUCUGGAGUCUUGGAAAUGAGGCUUUCUAUGGAAGAAAUCAUACAGCGAUGACAGAAUGGAUCAAGAAAUUCGACAGCACUAGACUCGUGCAUUACGAGCCCGAUCUCGAGGCAAAGCAUGUCGAUAUGCACUCUCGAAUGUAUCCAUACAUCGAUGAGAUCGUCGCUUUUGGCAAAGACAAAUCGAAAGUGAAGCCGCUAGUGCUGUGCGAAUACAUCCAUGCUAUGGGAACUGGGCCCGGCAAUAUCAAGGAAUAUGUCGAAGCUUUCUAUCAGUAUCCCAAGCUCCAAGGAGGCUGGGUGUGGGAGUGGGCCAACCACGGCCUGUUGACGAAAACCAACGAUGGCCAAGAGUUCUACGGAUACGGUGGAGAUUUUGGUGACGUGCCGAACGACUACAACUUUGUGAUGGAUGGCGUUCUGAACUCUGAUCACAGCCCUCGCAGCGGCUUGAUCGAGUAUAAAAAGGCUGUCGAGCCCGUGCAGCUGGUUUCCUCGUCUGCGGUUGAAUUUACCAUCAUCAAUCGACUGGACUUUGCUUCGCUGGACGACUUAUUGGUCUGCCAAUGGUCUAUCAGCGACGAGGCUGGAGACUACCCCGGAGGCGACGUUGCACUACCGGUCGGACUUCGACCAGGCGCGACAGCGACUUUAUCUGUGCCGGAAGACGCGCGGUCACGGACCUUUGUUGGCGAAGCAUUCUUGAAUCUUCGCUUCUGCACCAAGGAAGACACGCUCUGGGCCGAGAAAGGACAUGAGGUGGCGCUUCUGCAGGUUCAGUUAAGCUCCACUCCAGCAGUGAAGACACCCAAUCUCAGUGAAGAAGAACUGAAGGUAGAAGCAACUCCUACCACGCUGUUGAUCGUGGGGGUCGAAUCUCGAUGGCAAGUCGACCUUGUCAAUGGCUGCUUGAUCUCAUGGGACAAGGCGGGAAAGCCACUCAUCGCGGAGCCGUUACAGCCGUCUUUCUAUCGAGCACUGACUGACAAUGAUGGUCCCAAAGACGGCAAAGAUUGGAAAGAGCGUUACCUGCAUCUUGCCAAGAUCCAGACUCGAACCUCACACUGGCAAAAAACCGAAGAUGGUUCGAUCGUAGUCAGCUUCGAGCAAAACUUCGGCCCACCCAUUCUAUCCUGGUCUUUGCAACUCAGCACAGAGCUUGAGUUCUCACCUUCCGGUACAAUUCGUGUCAACGUGAAAGGAAAUCCUCAGGGUCAGAACUUGCCCAAAACACUUCCGCGAAUUGGUGUCACCCUGGGCGUGAAGAACGAGUUUCAAAACGUGACCUGGUUCGGCCGCGGACCUGGCGAGGCGUACAAGGACAUGAAGCUUUCGCAGCGAAUCGCUUUGCACACCGUUCCCCGUAUUGUCGAUCUGUGGACAAGUCCAGAAUUUCCCCAAGAAUGCUCGAAUCGCACUGAUACCCGAUGGCUUGUGUUAUCUGAUGGCAAGACGAAGAUCACGGCGCAAUUCCAUGAACCUACUAGCUCCACCGGCGAGAGAAAGACGUUCGAUUUCAUGGCCAGUCACUUCGAUGUCAAGGAUAUCGAUGCGGCGCAGCAUCCGUACGAGCUUGAGGUCGCCAAGAAGGAUUAUGUGAUCCUGAGACUUGAUGCUGAUCAUCACGGUAUCGGUACUGGAAGCUGUGGUCCUAGUACACUUGAAGAAUAUGCGCUGAAGACGGGUCCUUUCGAGUUUACGAUACUGCUGCAGUAG